CCUAGUUCUCUCCCCGGACGGCGAAAAAGUAGGUGCGUAGGUAGGUUUCGGAGCUACGAGGCCCGGCGGGGGUUCUGGGCGGGGCCUGCGCACCCUCCUUUUCUUGGCGGGGGCCGGGUGUAAGGUCCCGGCCCCCGUAAUGUACGGAGGCAGAGGGAAAGGGCUCUGGCCCCUCGGCGUCAUGUCUUCGGUGCCCGCGGCUUCCGGUCCGCGGGUUCUAUCCUCAACCGCCGGGACACCGGCUCCAAGGAGCCCAGCGGAACCGAGGUUCUGCAGGCUCCUCCUUGGGGUGCUCACGACUUCUCCUUUUAUUUCAGGUUUGGGGAGCCGCCCCUGGAACCGGAGCUGUCGUGUCCCCCUCCUCUUUUAAUUUACCGUUGCCAACAAUAAAGGCCUUUCCUGCCGUAGUAAGUGUGUGUCCGCGUUUUUUCCAUGGUUGUCAUUAGGCUGUUCGCGUUAUCCCACAAAGCGGAAUUUGCAACCUUUGUCUUGGACCUCAGGCUCCUUCGGGAGUGCGGGCGACAUUUCGCAGAAGGUUCUCUGGCCGACCUUGCCGGGAUCUCCAGAUGGCCGCGCUGCGAGCAACUCUCCACGUGGCGACCCUGGCGGCUGGGGCGCGCCGAGCUUUGUUGGCAAUCUGAUGAAACUUGGGCGCUGGGUGACACAUGUGCCCCACUCGUGUCCACAGGCUCCCUGGCUGGUAACUGCCUGGCCCACCGUCGCCUCUGGGAUAAGCUCCACAGCGGUCCCCGAGUCGGCAGCGUCCCCACGUUCGACUGGUUCUUUGGGUAUGAGGAAGCCCAGGGGUUCCUACUGCCGCUGCUGCAGGAGGCACGGGCUGCCUAUCCACUGCGGGUGUUGGACGUGGGCUGUGGGACCUCCAGCCUAUGUACAGGUCUCUACACCAAGUGUCCAGUUCCCGUGGAUGUGCUGGGGGUGGACUUCUCUCCUGUGGCCGUGGCCCACAUGAACAGCCUCCUGGAAGGUGGCCAAGACCAAAUACCCCUGUACCCUGGGCACCCUGCCUCUCGACUACAGUUCAUACAGGCUGAUGCCCAGAACCUGGAGCCCGUGGCUCCCUCAGGCUCCUUCCAGCUAGUGCUGGAUAAGGGCACCUGGGAUGCUGUUGCCCGGGGUGGUCUGCCUGGGGCUUACCAGCUUCUGUCAGAAUGCCUAAGGGUCCUAAGCCCCCGGGGGACCCUGAUUCAGUUCUCCGAUGAGGACCCUGAUGUGCGGCUACCCUGCCUGGAGCAAGGGUCCCAAGGCUGGACUGUGACUGUGCAGGAGCUAGGCCCUUUCAGGGGCAUCCCCUACUUUGCUUACUUGGUUCAAGUCUCUCAUUAAAGACUUUAGUUCUAACUCUCA